UGGGACUUUCCGGGAAACGGCGGGGCAGCGAGAGGUGGCGAUGGCGCGGAGGGCCCUGGCGCUCGGUGUGCUGGCGCUGCUGGCGCUGCUCGGCCUGGGGGCGGCCGGUGAGGCGCCAAAGGUUGAAGUCUACGCCCGUUCACGCGCUGAGGAGGGAAAGGAGAACAUCCUCCACUGUUUCAUCAGCGGCUUUCACCCACCCAAGAUUGACGUCGAGCUCCUGAAGAACGGGGAGCCCAUUCCCAACGUCCAGUACGGGGACUUGUCCUUCAACGAGAAGUGGCAAUUCCAGCGCCUGGUCCAUGUGCCCUUCACCCCCAGGAGUGGUGACACCUACUCUUGCAGGGUGGAGCACUCCACCAUGCCGGAGCCACGCACUUACCAGUGGGGUACGCUGUGCCUUCUUCCCUCACGCUGGAGCUCCGUUGCUUUAUAUCAGGCGCCAAAGGUUGAAGUCUACGCCCGUUCACGCGCUGAGGAGGGAAAGGAGAACAUCCUCCACUGUUUCAUCAGCGGCUUUCACCCACCCAAGAUUGACGUCGAGCUCCUGAAGAACGGGGAGCCCAUUCCCAACGUCCAGUACGGGGACUUGUCCUUCAACGAGAAGUGGCAAUUCCAGCGCCUGGUCCAUGUGCCCUUCACCCCCAGGAGUGGUGACACCUACUCUUGCAGGGUGGAGCACUCCACCAUGCCGGAGCCACGCACUUACCAGUGGGAACCAGACUUCUGAGCUGUGUCUGGGAUAAUCCAUGGUGAGUUAUUCUGAUGCUGUGUGCCAUGCUGGUAAGGGGAACACAGAC